CUCUACUGCGCAUGACCAAGCCUUCACUCCUGAGCUGCUGUGCUGGAGCUAACUAGCCUCCUAACUGGCCUCCUAACUCGCCUCCUAACUCCUCUUCCCCUCUGCUAAGCCGAGUCUGAUCCAGACAAAUGGACAACAAGUCGUCGAGGAGUUCGGCUCAGAGAAUCGUCCUCGACUGGGAAAUGCUGGUCGGCUUAAAUUGAAGGGAAACCAAACUUCCGCGUGAAGUCGUCGACAAAAAGAAUCCGGAUACGCGCCGCUGCCGUUAUUACGAAUCCAAGAUGUCCGUCAGCAGCCAUGAAAACCGCAAGUCCCGCUCCAGCUCGGGCUCCAUGAACAUCCACCUCUUCCACAAGACGUCGCACGCCGACAGCCUCCUGACGCAGCUCAACCUGCUCCGCAAGCGCAAGCUCUUCACCGACGUGGUCCUGAAGGCCGGGAAGCAGGCCUUCCCGUGCCACCGCGCCGUCCUGGCCUCCUGCAGCCGCUACUUCGAGGCCAUGUUCAGCGGCGGCCUGCGGGAGAGCCGCGACGCCGAGGUGGACUUCCACGACUCGCUGCACCCGGAGGUGCUGGAGCUGCUGCUGGACUACGCCUACUCGGCGCGGGUCAUCAUCAACGAGGAGAACGCGGAGUCCCUCCUGGAGGCGGGCGACAUGCUCCAGUUCCACGACAUCCGGGACGCGGCGGCGGAGUUCCUGGAGAAGAACCUGCACCAGUCCAACUGUCUGGGCAUGAUGCUGCUGUCGGACGCCCACCAGUGCCAGAGACUGUACGAGCUCUCGUGGAGGAUGUGUCUCGCCGACUUCGCCACGCUCUACAAAACCGAGGACUUCCUCAACCUCCCCAGGGACAAAGUGCGGGAGCUGACGCUCAGCGAGGAGCUGGAGGUGGAGGACGAGAGCCUGGUGUACGAGGCCGUCAUCGACUGGGUCAAGGCCGACAUGGAGCGGCGGCACGGCGAGCUGCCGGAGCUGCUGCGCUGCGUCCGCCUGGCGCUGCUGCCGGAGACGUACCUGCUCAACAACGUGGCCUCGGAGGAGCUGGUCAUGUGCCACAAGGUGGGCCGGGAGAUCGUGGAGGACGCCGUGCGCUGCAAGAUGCGGAUCCUGCAGAACGACGGCAUCGUGACGGGAUUCUGCGCCCGGCCCAGGAAGGUCAGCCAGGCCCUGCUGCUGCUCGGCGGGCAGACCUUCAUGUGCGACAAGGUCUACGUCAUCGACAACAAGACCAAAGAGAUCACGCCCAAAACCGACAUCCCCAGCCCCAGGAAGGAGUGCAGCGCCUGCGCCAUCGGCUGCAAGGUUUAUGUCACAGGGGGGCGUGGCUCUGAGAACGGCGCCUCCAAAGACGUCUGGGUCUACGACACUCUGCACGACGAGUGGUCCAAAGCGGCGCCCAUGUUGGUCGCCAGGUUCGGACACGGGUCGGCGGAGCUGGACCACACGCUUUACGUUGUGGGAGGACACACCUCUCUCGCGGGCUCCUUCCCCGCCUCCCCCUCCGUGUCGCUCAAACAGGUGGAGCAGUACGACCCCCAGACGAACAAAUGGGCGCUGGUGGCGCCGCUCAGAGAAGGCGUGAGCAACGCCGCCGUGGUCGGCGCCAAAAACAAGCUGUUUGCCUUCGGAGGAACCAGCGCGAACAGGGACAAGUACCCCAAGGUGCAGUGCUUUGACCCCUGCCAGAACCGCUGGACCGUCCCGGCGACGUGUCCGCAGCUUUGGCGCUACACGGCGGCGGCGGUCGUCGGGAGCCACGUGGUCGUGAUCGGCGGCGACACGGAAUUCUCCGCCAGCUCCGCGUACCGCUUCAACAGCGAGACGUACCAGUGGUCCAAGUUCGGCGACGUGACGGCCAAACGGAUCAGCUGCCACGCCGUGGCGUCUGGGAACAGACUCUACGUCGUCGGCGGCUACUUUGGGGCGCAGAGGUGCAAGACGCUAGACUGCUACGACCCGUCGUCGGACUCCUGGGACAGCGUGACCAGCGUUCCCUACUCGCUCAUUCCCACGGCCUUCGUCAGCACAUGGAAGUACCUGUCAGCCUAGAGACCUCACCUGGACCGCAUCCAGGCGACGGUGACCACGGCAACCGGGACGAAGGGCCGGCGUUCCCGGGAUCGUCGGACAUUGGAUCCCCAGUCCUGGACAGCAAAGACCGCCAAAUGCGUUUGUGUGACCCUCCCCACCUAGCGCCUCUUUGGUGCCAGGUGGCUCCAGGUACCGUGCAGGCUUUGGAGCGAGCGCGGUGGAACCCGCUUAUGUCGACAACCCGUUUGUUUAUGACUGAAAAGUCUCAUUUCUGUGACAAAUGUUGAUAAUAAUAACUAAUCGUAUUAAUACUUUGUCACCUACAACUCAAAAUAUGUUUGUCUGUUUUAAGCAGUUUUAUUUUUUACAAAAUCAAAAAAAAAAAAAAAGCCUCCAUGUUCUGAGGGUAAAAUGGGACAGAAUUAAAUAUUUAAGUAAUGACUUAAAUUUGUUCUUAAUUUAAGGUAAAACAAAAAAAUAUGUAUAAUUAUUUCACAAUUUAUUACAAUUUGUAAUUGUUUGAUUAUUUCACGAUUUAAUUAUUAAUUUUUGAAAUAUUUAAAUUGUGAAAUAAUUAAGCUGUUAAUUAAAUACAUUUUUAAAUUAAAUUAUUGGCAGAUUUGAUAACACAUUUAUGUAUUUAAUUCCAAUUCAACCCAAUUAUUGACACAUUUAGGUCAUUAAUUACAUGUUAAGUAAUGAAUUAAAUGUUAAAUAAAUAAAUACAAUUUUGUAAAUGGUAAUUAAAUUGUAAAAUUAAUAAUUGUGAAAUAAAACUACAAAAAAUAUUUUUAAAACAAAUUAAUGGCAAAUUUAAUAAUAAAUGUUUUAACUCCAAUUUUACCUAAUUAAUGACACAUUUAAGUAAUUAAUUAAAUGUCAAGGAAUGAAUUACAUUUUUAAUAAAUAAAAUAAUUGAAUUGCAAAAUUUAAAUAAAUUGUGAAAUAGAUAAUUAAAUUGUAAAAAUAUAAAUUUUAAAAAAUUUAAAUUGUGAAAUAAUUAAACUGUUAAUUAGAAACAUUUUUAAAUUAAGUUAUUGGCAGAUUUAAUAACACAUGUAUGUAUUUAAUUCCAAUUCAACCCAAUUACUGACACAUUUAAGUAAUCAAUUACAUGUUAAGUAAUUCAUUAAAUGUUAAAUUAAUUAAAUUGUGUAAAUGAUCAUUCAAUUGUAAAAUUAAUAAUUGUUGAAAUGAUUACAAUGUGAAAUAAAACUGCAAAAAAUAUUUAAAACAAUUUAAUGGCAGAUGUAACAAUGUUAUAACUUCAAUUUUACUUAAUUAUUCACACAUUUAAGUAAUUAAUUAAAUGUUAAGUAACGUAUACAAUUUUAAUUAUUAUUCAAUUUUUAAGCUGUUAAAUAUAAUUUUAAAAUAAAUUAAUGGCAUAUUUAAUAAUACCUUUCAUGUAUUUAAUUCCAAUUUAACCUAAUUAUUCACAAUUUUAAAUCAUUAAUUAAAUAUUAAGUAAUUAAUUAUUUGUUAAAUACAUCAAUUAAAUUGUGAAAAAGAUCAUUUAAUUGCAAAAUGAUUGAUUAUUUAAAUAAAUUGUGAAAUAGAUAAUUACAUUUAAAAAAAUUGUUUUGGAAUAUUUAAAUUUUUAAAUAAUUAAGCUGUCAAAUUUAUAAAAAAUUUAAUAUUUGGCAGAUUUAAUAACACAUUUAUGUAUUUAAUCCCAAUUCAUCCCAAUUAUUGACACAUUUAAGUCAUUAAUUAAAUGUUAAGUAAUGAACUAAAUGUUAAAUUAAUUAAAUCGCGUAAAUGAUAAUUUAAUAGUAAAGUUACUAAUUAUUAAAAUAAAAUUGUGAAAUAGAUCAUUGGAAAAUAAUUGUUGAAAUAAUUAAUUUGUGAAAUAAUCAAACUGUUAAUUAAAUACGUUUUUAAAUUAAAUUAUUGGCAGAUUUAAUAAUACAUUUAUGUAUUUAAUUCCAAUUCAACCCAAUUGAAUGUUAAAUAAAUUAAUUGAAUUGUGUAAAUGGUAAUUAGAUUGUAAAAUUAUUAAUUAUUGAAAUAAAUUGUGAAAUAGAUACAUUGGAAAAUAAUCCAUUUGUGAAACAAUCAGGCUGUUAAUUAGAUAUAUUUAAAUUAAUUUAAUAACACAUUUAUGAAUUGAAUUCUAAUUAAAAGAUGUAUUUUUAUGGUGGCAACACAACUUCUGUCUAAUUUCACGGCAUUGAAACACACAGACACUUCCUGUUCAGUGCAAAGUGAGCUUCAAAAUAAAAGCACGGCAGUAUUACCACAGCAACUAACAAAGUGCACAUGUUUCAUGCCACAAAAUACACCCAGACGGACAUCGGCACCAUAAAAUAAGUUCUUCCAUUUGCAGUAUUUUGCUGUAAAAACCACUGUAGAUUUUACGUGGAAAUUGUGUCGUUUCUGUCGGCGACCGCUGACGUCGACAUAAGCGGCUCCCGGGUGCUUCUCCUCGGUCUGGAGCUCCCGACUGAAUCCAGCAAGAGGCGCGGAGGCCAAGGCGAGGUUUUUGUGCGCCUUCCCGUUUCUAUUCUGAGAGCUUUUGGACGGGGGUCAAGUUGAAAAGUCUUAACUUCCUCCCGAAGUCAAAAUAAAAGCUGGCGACGUUACGCCGAAGAAGACUUUUAGUGUCUCAGGGUUUUCUACUCUUUGUAAUCAUGCUGUCUUUGUUUGAAUGUACUUUUUCUUUUUUUUUUUUUACGACAAAAGGUUUUUGUUUGGAGAGAACAUGUGCAGUGUUUUUUUUAAUUUUAUUUUGAAAGUGAGCUUUUUUUGUCACGGCACUGCCAGAACCUGACUAGUAAAAGUUAUUUAUAGCGACUUCAAUAGUGCAUAGUUUGUAUAUUUUCCUAAGGAUUAUUUUUAUUUUGUGCACAGUCUUAACUUGAAAUGUUUGUCUUAACCCAGCUGGUGAAAUCUUCUUUGUAACUUAACUCGUCUGUUACUUCGUUAAUAAAAAAUGUCAUCUUGUUCAUUAAAAUUUUUUUUUUUUUUUUUUUCUGGAAAUAAUCCCAAAUUACCCAGAAUUCCCGGUUUUCCCGGUUCAUUUUUCCCAUUGAAAAUGGAUGGGCCAUUUUUCGAACUUGAAAACAAUCAAUUUGUGAAACAAUCAGGCCGUUAAUUAUAUAUAUUUAAAUUAAUUUAAUAACACAUUUAUGUAUGGAAUUCCAAUUUAAACUAAUUAUUGACACAUUGAAGUCAUGAAUUAAAAGAUGUAUUUUUAU